UUUUUGCAAGUGGAUCUCAAUAGGGUAGGGUACAAAGAUGAGCCUUUCAUUCUAGCCUCUCAAGCUAAACAAGUGUUCUAUGUCAAUGAUCCGACAAGUACGAAAUGGUCUAUAGUGCUUUUAUCUAACAAAAUAGUUGAUGAAAAGAUUGAAGAUCAAUGUGAUAUUGGUGUUGGCAUUGAAUCUUGUACAAGAAACGAUCAAAAUGAGAAUGAAUCUUGUACUAGAAAUGAUCAUAAUGAGGGUAUUUGGAUCAAUCCAACCGUCCGCAUUGUUAAGAGACGCGUAGUACACAAUCCUACCAAGAAAAGAAAGAGACGUUAGUGAUAAAGGUUCAAUGGCUCCGGAUAGAGAUGCUCCACCUGAAAACUCACAAGAAAACUCAAAAGAAAGAGAUGCUCAAGAAAGAGAUGCUCCGGAUACAAAUGCUCCACCUGAUACUGAAGCAAAAGAAGUUGCACGAGGCAUCACCAUUAUGAAGGGAAUCAUUCGACAUAGAGACCAAGGAUUAGUAUACCGAUUGGAAUGGAAUUCUGAAAAACAAGCAAUUGGUCCUAAUUCUGCAAAGUUGACAAGUUAUAUUGGUACACUUGUUCGUAUGCAUAUUCCGGUCUCCGUAGCUAAAUGGAAUCUGAAAAGUUUAGAGUUGGAUGCGAAAAAAAAAGCGAUUUGGGACGAGCUUCAGAGGACUUUUGAGAUACCAGAUGAUCGUAGACGCUACAUACUUGGUUUGGCCGGCAAAAGAUAUAGAGGGUGGAAAGCUUUUUUUGACAAACACUUAUCUUAAGGAUAAAGAUGGAAACUUUCUUGAAGAGGCACCGGGACGGCCAAAAAAGUAUGAGAUCUUCAUUGAUGAAAAAGAUUGGGCUGAGUUUGUAAAGCAAAGAGAUGAAGAUUUUCGGAGAAGGAGUGCCACGAAUAGUGCGAGAGCAUCCAAACCCGCAUAUCCAUACAAAAAAGGGCGUUUGGGAUAUGCACGCUUGGAGGAUAAAA